AUGGCUGAUUAUUUGUGCAAAGAUUGCCAGUGCGGGAUCUGUGAAGAAUGUUCUGCCAAACAUCAAGAGAAGGAACUUUGUCAACAUAAAUCGACGUCCAUUAAACAAAGAUCAGAUUCAUAUGAAGAUCUUUCUUGUAAAAAGCACAAGAAUGAUACUUCUACUGCGAUCGAUGAUGUUGCAUCCGAAACAGUCAAAGAUUUAAGAAAUUUAUUUGGGAAGGCACAAGAAGAAUUCGCUGCUUCAAACACUUAUACACGGCCAGCUUGCAGUGGUCGUGCUUGUGCUAAUUGCGGCAAAUGUCGUGACUGGUACUAUACGGGUGACCAAGAAAUAUGGAAAUGGAUAACAAAUGUGAAGAACUGGAAUGAAAAUGAACGGAAGCGAUGGGACGAUGGCAAAUAUUCGGAGUGUUUUACGAAGCGUGAAGGUUCCACAUGUCGUGGCCGGUUUGAUUAUUAUUAUGAUCGUGAUCAUGUUUAUCACGGUGGUCAUAUUGAUUUUGGUUACACUUAUUCCUGUAGAGAUUGUGGUGCUCCUGCUUUAUAUCGUGAUGGUGAUUGUUGUGGUAGCGGUACUCGUGUUUCGUAUAUUAGUGAGGUUUAUUCUUAUUGUCAAUGUUUAAACAAUAUUAAAAAAAAAUAA